UUUUUACUCUAACAAGGAUAUCAUUGGUCAAUUGAUUGAGACUAACCAAUGAAAAUUGUUGUACGAAAUAGCGUAGAAGUUUCUUUUCAGUAAACCUGCAAGCACACUAAAGCGCUUGUUCUCAUUCCAGAAAUAUGGAUAACAAGGGAAGACUCGUGCUGCUGAUGACAUUUUUGUUUGUCUCUACGAUAAGCGCGGUACUUAUUGAAGGUAUUGUUGGAGGUGGUGCUUUUCUUGUAGGUGGCUAUUUGGCGCCUAAAAUAUAUUGUCAUUUCAGUGAAUGCUGUAGGAACAAAUGGAUUAAACCCAACAUAACGGGUCUACAGUCAGCCCUUCGGAGGCGUGUUUUUGGUCAACACUUGGUCACUGAGACCGUUUUCAAGGCUCUUGUUGGACAUUUGAACAAUAAGUCGCCUAAUAAAGCGUUAGCGAUUUCGCUCAACGGCUGGACAGGAUCAGGAAAGAACUUUGUGAGCAAAAUCAUUGCCGAACAUAUCUUCAAGAAGGGAUUGAAGAGUGAUUAUGUUCAUCUGAUCAUAGCUACCUAUGAAUACCCUCAUCAGUCCCAGGUAGAAUUUUACAAGCGACAGCUGCGCAAUCGAGUGGUGAGUUCUGUAUCAAAGUGCUCCAGAUCGCUGUUUAUCUUCGACGAAAUGGACAAAAUGCCGAUAGGCCUUAUAGAUGUGCUUAAACCCUUCUUAGAUCACUACCCCCCUGAUGAAGGAAAGAUCGAUUACCGUCAAAGUAUCUUCAUUUUCCUCAGCAAUACGGGAGGUAAUCUUAUCAACAAUGCUGUUCUAAAACACUGGAAAGACGGAAAGAAACGAGAAGAUAUCAAGAUCAAGGACAUGGACAAAGUGAUCAAUCUCGGUGAAUUUAAUAACAAGGGUGGAUUUUGGCAUUCCUCUCUAAUUGAUAAAAAUCUCAUAGAUUACUUUAUUCCAUUUAUGCCGAUGGAGAGAUCUCACGUUAAAAAGUGUGCUAAAGCCGAUUUAGAGAAAAAAGGACACCCAGUCACAGAUUCCAUCCUAAACAGAGUAGCAGACGAAUUGUUAUACUUUCCAGAAGACCUGAAGGUCUUUUCUAUGUCCGGUUGUAAGAAAGUCUCGAGCAAAGUCGACUAUGUGAUGGGGUGAGGAAUUUUGAUUUGCACUUGGGACACAGUAGGCAGCAAGUCAGGCUGGCAUAAUUUGUAGACAAUUUAUAGAAACUGGUUUUUGAAAAAAUAGCAAAAGCUUGUCACAUAGACUCAUGACAGUGACUUUCCAGUUACUGUGACUCAGCCUUUUAAAAUUAGUUUUAGAAAUUAGUGGGGGUGGGGUAAGUUCAGCAGAGGAUGGAGAUGGAGGAGUUGGAAGUAUGUUUUAGAUACAA